CGUUGGUCCUGCGACGCGGCACUCAUGCCCGCUAAAGGCUCAGCCACCGAACUCGCAGUCACCUCAGUACAGAAAAGCAGUUGCAACAGAGGCGGCCGCUGGUAUUAGAGAGGUACAAGCUACUGAUAGGCAACAAAGAAACAGUGGAAGCAGGGAGCCUCCAUAAACAAACCGUUCAACUCGAUUUAGGUGUGUUUUAUUAAAAACGGACUUCUAUUUGUGUGCCUCGAUAGUGUAUAUACGACUAUACGUUUGUGUGUAGUACCUUCCUAUACUGCUCGUAUGUGUAGAUGUGAACAAAUCGUACUGCGCUCAACCGCUUCCUGUUCCGGCCACUCCACACUGCGCACCGAUCGAACAACUGUUCUAAAAGCACUGAAAUUGUUCGCGCCGCUUUAUGUCUUUAAUACUAUAAUUUCAUGCACAGUUCUACAUGAACGGCGUUUCAUAAGGCGUCCGGAUCAGCCUAGAAGUUUUGUGUAGAAGAAGAUCUAUGCCUAGGAGCCUAAACGCAACUCGGUGCUGUGCUACAAGUGGUGAUAGCGAAGUUCUUUACAACUCCUAAAAGCAUUUGUACUAACGACAUAUUUAUCUGCACAUGUAGAACACAUUGAGCACGUCACAAAAACAUCUUUUACAACGGUAUCACUGCAUACUGCCUACACAUAUUACUCCUGUCAUUUCGCCUUACCAGUAUCGUCGAUUAAUUAAUGUGAGCUGUGUGUAAAUAUCAACGCAACAGGGCGUUGUUUUUUUGCUGUUGUGAGGCGAGUGUGAUAGAGCGUAAGAACACCAAACUCGCCGUGUCUUCACUGCAUUAUACCGUUAGUUGUGAGAGAAUUCCAUAUCGAUCUACAGUAACAAUAUUAUCCUACCUGUGAACUGGAGUACCGAGAAUAGUAUGCCAAUGGUGUUACAGGCCAACUCGCUUGCCUGGGAUAGACGGGCUUUGGCCAGCCAGCUGUUCGCUCAGCAGCACCUUCAGCAGCUACAGCAGCAGCAGCAGCAGCAGCAACAACCGCCACCUCAAACUCAAGAUGCCUUCGGAAUGCAGCUGCUCCAGGUGGCGGGCGGAGGUGUCGGGGGUGGUCCGGAUCCUAUAAAAGUGGAUCCGUGGCCGUUGACGACGCAGCUGCCCGCGCCAGCCGCGAUCUUCCACCCGCUUCAUUUGAGCACCCCCACGCUCGAGGUACGGUCACGGCUACAGGCCCCUGCCCUACAACCGAGUCAAACCCACGUGUCAGCACUGUACCCAGAAAUUUUGGCAAUGAUCUUUAGCUACCUAGACGUACGUGACAAAGGCCGAGCCGCGCAGGUGUGUACAGCGUGGCGAGAUGCCGCUUAUCACAAAUCGGUGUGGAAGGGGGUCGAGGCUAAAUUGCAUUUGCGGCGUGCCAAUCCAUCCCUGUUUCCAUCGCUCGUACGGCGUGGGAUCAAGCGCGUACAGGUUCUUAGCCUACGGCGAUCGCUACGUGAUGUCGUACAGGGGGUGCCUAACCUCGAGUCGCUUAACAUGAUUGGCUGCUAUAAUUUAACGGACAACUGGGUGAACCAGGCCUUUCCGAGCGAUGUCAGCGCUUUGACUACGCUGACUUCACUCAACCUAUCGAUGUGCAAGCAGAUUACAGAUUCAUCGCUUGGCAAAAUCGCUCAACAGCUGCACAAUCUUGAGGCACUCGAGCUUGGCGGAUGUUCGAACAUCACCAACAUGGGACUGUUGCUGGUUGCUUGGGGCCUCAAAAAGCUCAAGAACCUGAAUCUACGCUCGUGUCGCAAUAUAUCCGACGAUGGUCUUGGACAUCUAGCUGGCUCGUCAAAAGAACAAACCAAUGGUGUCACCUCACUCGAAGUUUUAUCGUUGCAGGACUGCCAGAAGCUAACCGACGAUGCGCUAGCGCAUAUCGCUGCCGGAUUAACCAAUCUCCGCUCGAUAAACCUCUCAUUUUGCGCCUCGGUGACCGACUCCGGUAUGAAGCAGUUGGCGAAGAUGCCGCAUUUGCGCGAGCUCAACCUCCGUUCAUGUGACAAUAUUUCAGAUAUGGGUAUGGCCUAUUUGGCAGAAGGCGGUUCUCAGGUAUCCACAUUGGACGUGAGCUUCUGUGAUAAGAUCGGCGAUCAAGGCCUCGUACACGUCUCGCACGGCUUGUGCCACCUGCGUAGCCUAAGUUUAAACGCGUGUCCGGUUAGUGACGAGGGUUUGCGUCGGCUGUCCAAGGCGUUAGUGCACCUGCACACGCUCAAUAUUGGUCAGUGUGUUCGUGUUACUGAUGUGGGAUUGGCAGCUAUCGCUGAAGGCCUUCAGAAACUCGAGUGCAUCGAUCUGUAUGGCUGUACGAAGAUCUCUACAGGCGGCCUUCAGAAAGUGAUGCAGCUGAAGGGAUUGCGCGUUCUCAACUUGGGUCUCUGGCAAAAACGGUGACAUGAGGAGGGGGUGGAGAGGUCCACCCCCGCCCCGAUCGCCCCAAUGGCGCCCAUUGCCAAGAGAAGGCGUACACUUGUCGACUCGAUCAAGUCUUCCAGGCCCAUUGUGCACCAUCAGAGUACUGCUACCACAAACUAUCUCCUAAGCUAGACUUGAAACUGGUCAGCUUUACCGGAUAUCUGUUACAGAAAAAUACAGUACUGUGUAGAACAAUAAGGCGCUCGCAUCAAACUUGAACAAAAUGACGAAAGAAGAAAAUUUAACUGAAAAUUUAAUAUGAGAAGAACAACAAUAGCUGAAGGUGCACUGUGCAAUACUACCUCCCGGCUGUCACGAGGAUUUCCAGUAACUCUUCUGAUUAAGACGAAACGAUCACAACGCUCCCAUUGAAGACGCAGAAAAUAGAGGAUUAAGGUUAAUCAGCGGCAGGACAAGAUAUGUAAGGAGAGACUACGUAUUUGAUCGCCUCGAUGAUAAAUGGAAAUGGCGUCGGUGGACCGCUACACAGAGUUGCUUAGAGCAGGGUUCAAUAUUAUUUUCUGUACAGAGAUCCCCCUGUAUAUUGUACAGUACUAUAUGCUUCUAUAGGAACAUCUUCAUUGAACGGCAGGGAGACGGAGAAAAUGACACAGAAAGACAAUGAAGAAAAACAAUAGAUUCUACUAGUAUAAAUUAGGGGGUGCUGCUGGUUCCAUAACAGCCUCUAACUAACCGGCAUCUAGCCUGCUGAAGGAUAGAUGGUGGGUCCGGUAUGUCUUCGUGGUUAAUUGAAUAAUAUUAGGAAUCUGUGUGAGAAAAACAACAACGAGCUGAAGGAAUGCAGCAGGUGAUUUCCAGGAAGCAGCAGGAAAUACGGAAACAAGCACACUAAACAAGCUAAGGGCAUGUAGCUCAUAUUCGUUGGUCUUGGUCGCUAGUCAGGACAACAACAAGGGCAUUCAUUGUAAGUCCUUUUCUGGGAGUAGUGUUUUGGGACUGAUUAGAGUUGUAGUGGUUCCCAACAGUCGGGUUGAAACUCUGCGGAAAAGGUAUUUUUGCGUGGAUUGAGGGCUGGUUUGGUGGGUGGGAAUGAAUGGGGCACGAGUAGCGUUAGGGCUCCGUAGGCCGCCUCCACUACCUACUUAUGGAGUCAGGAGGCCACGGAAUCCUGACUAUUGUAAUCAAGUGAGGUUAAUACUGGACUGACUGCGGCAUCAGAAAUGGUCUGGAUGCGAGCAUCAGUAGGUACCCUCAUCUGAAAACAAGAUCUCAAUUGUGCAAAGUGUGUAAAUAUGUUUAAAUGUUGAAUGAAUAACAAAUAAAUGGAGGAUUUUGUUACCCCGA